AGCGACCACAGUUCCACCAGUUCAAUUUCGACGACAGAAGCUUACGUUGCACGCUCCUUGUUGUUUGUAGCAAGGAUUCCGUUCGUCAACAUCUGAUCAUUUCCGGAACAGUGUACACUUGUUUACGUGAUCAUUGAAAUUGUUCUUAUCACAAAAAUGAGGGUAAUACAUAUUGUCGGCGUCCUGCUGGCGAUAACAAUAUGUUCCAUCGCGGGUAACAGUGCUGCUGCAAUAGAAGACGCUAAAGUCACCAACCAACAGCAGGGUGUCGUUGCCAAUAUUACUACUGUUCCUGCUGGGUCUACUUCAAGUCCAGCUGUGGUAGACAAAAUUAACACCACUGCUACUAAUCCCACUACUAACACUACUAGUGGCUCAGCGACUACUCCUACCGUUAUUCCUUUUAUCAGUACUAUAAGCACCGUUAUUACUGAUAAAACAACAAACAAUACAACUAAUGUAACUACUCCAACCACUAAAAUUCCUGUACCUCCAAUUACGGAAACACCUACGAAUACGACUACUGAAAAACCUAAGACGACGACUACAACUUCGACUGAACACCCGACUACUAACGGUACAGUUACCACUUCACCUGUGCCUGUAACGACUGCAAUUCCAGUGUCAACAAAAGAAGCACCGUCAACACCGUCUCCUUAUAAAGAACGACACUUUGAUGGCCUUAGCUUUAUGGGUGGAAUUAUUCUAGCUACGUGCUUAAUGGCGAUCGGUGUGCUCUCAUGGAAAUUUUAUAGAACGUUCAACGAACGAAACUACCGCACGCUAUGACUGUCCAGUGAGGCAGUUCGAUUCUCGAGUGGCAGCCGCUCGAAACGAAAUCUAUGAAUUUUAUCAUAACAAUAUUGCGUAUUUUUAUAACGCACUUAAGUGUCGCGUGAGUUAAGUGCUCUUAGUAAUGUGAUGUGCAAACGCAAAUUCCGUUUCUUUGUACCCGAUUACUAUCAUACAAAGACGACACGCAUUAUAGUAUUGUCUCUCUGUACGUUCGCACGCGCAUUGUAACGGCGUAUGUCCGUAGGAGCAAGAAAGAAACAGGAAAGGGACGAAUACGUUGCCGACGUGUAAGGAAAAUAAAAUGGGGAGAGAUUGGAGAACGUAAAUAGACGUCGUGAGAGAGAGAAAGAGGAAGGAAAAGGUGGCGGUUACUGUGCGCGUGCGUUGUUCACGCACGAAACUUUACGACCAAUCGAACACACAUUCCAUCGAAAGAGAUCAAUUCCGCAAUAUUAACAUUCCACGUAACACUUCUCGCUCAAACAAAAAUAUAUUUCGAGGAAACACUUUCUUCUUAAUUUUUUUCUUUUUAUUAUUGUACUCGUUUGUAAACUAUUGUCAAAUAUUGACAAUAUUGUAUGUCAAAGACAAUGGUGAAAUUAGCAUAAGGACGGUGAAACGUACACGGAUGUAAAGGUUCCUAUAUGUGCGUAUUCGUAUAAAAACAUAUACUCAAAAAAAAAAAAAGUUCGAUUAACAAUUGAAGAGUGUAACAGUUAUGUCAGUAACUCUAUUUUGUCUUGUUUCGAUGAUCUUCGACAUUUUCUUUAUCAUGGGAGUUGUAUUUUACUCUUAAUUUUGGAACAGAAGGAUAUUUCCAAGAAUGCAUACGCCUUUCGUACGUGUAAAUUAUCGUUGCUCCGGUACUUGCCUUCAUCGCAUAAUAUUGUUUUUGAGAAAUGUUCAUACGAUUCAAAAAUAGUAUGAAACUGUUUAAUUUGGCCUUUUGUACCUGUCGAGAGAGACGUAACUAUAAAAUACACGAAUCGAGACAGAUUCGAAGCUGGCUUUUAGCGUACGAAAAUAAAUCACAUGGUAAUCGCUAAUGUACGUAACAAUCAAAUAAAAUCUGACGAGUUCUGUAUUGUUGUCACGAUCAA